AUGGAGCAGACAGCGCCCAAGAGCAAACUGAAGAAGCUGAGUGAAGACAGUUUAACUAAGCAGCCUGAAGAAGUUUUUGAUGUUCUGGAGAAACUUGGUGAAGGGUCUUAUGGUAGUGUCUUUAAAGCAAUACACAAAGAAUCUGGUCAAGUUGUGGCAAUUAAACAGGUCCCUGUGGAAUCAGAUCUUCAAGAAAUAAUUAAGGAAAUCUCUAUAAUGCAGCAAUGUGACAGUCCCUAUGUUGUCAAGUACUAUGGCAGCUACUUUAAGAACACAGAUCUAUGGAUUGUUAUGGAAUAUUGUGGGGCUGGCUCUGUUUCAGACAUAAUUAGACUUCGUAAUAAAACGCUAACAGAAGAUGAAAUUGCAACUAUUCUGAAAUCUACACUUAAAGGACUCGAAUACUUGCACUUUAUGAGGAAAAUACAUAGAGAUAUAAAGGCUGGAAACAUCCUUCUUAACACUGAGGGCCAUGCAAAGUUAGCUGACUUUGGUGUGGCUGGCCAGUUAACAGAUACAAUGGCAAAACGAAAUACUGUUAUAGGAACACCCUUCUGGAUGGCUCCUGAAGUGAUACAAGAGAUUGGCUAUAACUGUGUGGCAGACAUCUGGUCCCUUGGUAUCACCUCAAUAGAAAUGGCUGAAGGAAAGCCUCCAUAUGCUGAUAUUCAUCCAAUGAGGGCUAUUUUUAUGAUCCCUACAAAUCCCCCUCCGACCUUUCGGAAGCCAGAGCUUUGGUCUGAUGAAUUCACAGAUUUUGUGAAGAAAUGCUUAGUGAAAAAUCCUGAACAGAGAGCUACAGCAACACAGCUGCUGCAGCACACAUUUAUUAAGAAUGCUAAGCCAGUGUCAAUUUUAAGGGACCUGAUCACUGAAGCUAUGGAGAUCAAGGCAAAGCGACAUGAGGAACAGCAGAGAGAACUAGAAGAGGAGGAAGAAAAUUCAGAUGAAGAUGAGCUGGACUCUCACACCAUGGUGAAGACCAGUUCAGAGAGUGCUGGAACCAUGAGAGCCACAAGCACCAUGAGUGAAGGUGCUCAGACAAUGAUUGAACACAACAGUACAAUGUUAGAAUCUGACUUGGGGACCAUGGUAAUAAACAGUGAUGAUGAUGAAGAGGAAGAUGGGACCAUGAAAAGAAAUGCUACGUCACCGCAAGUUCAAAGACCUUCUUUCAUGGACUACUUUGAUAAACAAGAUUCCAAGAAUAAAAGCCCUGAAAACUGUAAUCAGAACAUGCAUGAACCUUACCACAUAUCCAAAAAUGUUUUCCCUGAUAACUGGAAAGUCCCUCAAGAUGGAGACUUCGAUUUCUUAAAGAAUCUGAGUUUAGAAGAACUACAGAUGAGAUUAAAGGCUUUGGACCCUAUGAUGGAGCGAGAAAUUGAGGAGCUUCGCCAGAGGUACACUGCAAAGAGACAACCUAUCCUAGAUGCCAUGGAUGCAAAGAAAAGGAGGCAACAAAAUUUCUGA